AUGAACAACAUUCAAAUUAAUCAAAAUCAAGCUAGGAGUAGCAACAACGACAAAGAAAAUGAGGAAGGUGUUAACACGAAACAAAAUCUGUCAGAUAAAGAUAUUGAAAAAAAAAAAGAAACAGAAAAAGAAGAAACAGAAAAAGCAUUUAAUAGAAGCCAAAAAGUAGGAAGAACACCACCUCAAGUAAAAAUCGAUAGACAGAAGGAGGAAGAUAAAGACAGAUUUAUAUCUGCAUCGGGAACACCUGUGCUUAACUCGGCAGGCGAAGAGAACAUAAGUAAGGAUGAAGAGAUUUUCUCUAAAUCAACAACCGACCAGCUAGAAGGAACUAAUCACAUUCUAAAAAAUACAGCAGAGGACAACGAUGUAGAUGACUGGUUGGGGUGCAUAGACCUAGAGGAGCAGCAAGUGUUAGAAGGUAAAGAAGAAAAAGUAAAAAAAGAUAACAAAAAAAGAGGCAGAAAAGGAUCGACACCGGAAAACAUAUACAAACGUAGCAAAGGGGAAACGGUCAAAGAACAAGAAUUCAGCAAUUUUUUGAAAUUGUAUAGGAAAAUGGAAAGGUGUGCUGACAACCUAAUGAGCCUAAUUGAACAACAUAUAUACACGAAAAAUAUUGUCAAAGAUGCAGUUAAAGAACUAUAUGGAUACAAGAAUAAAACAAAGAAAAUAGUGGAGACAUGGACAGAGCUACCAGAAAAGACCAUGACUUCAAAUGCAAGCGUACAGACGCAGCAGCAGAAAAGAAUUAAUCUGAAGACGUUAACAAAAACUCUACAUGUAAACGAAUUUAUUCCUGAAAAACAAACAAAGGAAAUAGGGGUGCAGGUCAAUUUCGAUAUGGAAGAGGAAACAAUAAAAAAUAGAGAGGAACUUCUAGAACAAGUAGCAGAUAAAACCGCAAACUGGAACGUCAUGGAGCAAAUUAUAUCCAAACAAUGGAGCGAAGAGGUAUAUGUUAACACAGUAAUAGAAAUCGGAAAUCCAACUAAGCAACCGGAAAAACAGGACUUGGCAGUUAUUUUCGACCCAGAUAAAGAAAACCAUAAAUUUAACAUUACAGAGGAAAAACACAUAGACGAAAUAAUACAAAACAAACUAAUUGGAAAAGGUAAAACAGCAUGCCUUACGAGCAGAAAAGACCUUGAAAUUACAGGAGAAAAUUCAGGUACCACCCAAGAAAUGUGCACAUACUUUAUAGGAGCAGACGUAUCAGAAGGCUUGGAACCAUCACUUUUACAAGCAUGUAACAAAUUAAAAGAACUUAUGAGCUUCAAAAAGAGAGAUCAGGCAGCAAUCAUAUGUGACGCAGAGCUGUUGACUGAGAAAUCAAGGAAGAUUGUGGAGUGCGCCUUCGCAGAAACAAAUGUAAAACUAACCUUAUUUGAUUUAGGGGUACUCAAAAAAACAAAUAACACGGAAGGGUGGAGUCUAAAAGAGAAGAAAACAAUAAAAAAUUACAACACGAACGCAUUAAUUAUACAGGCGAAGGGAAAAUCUUACGCAGACUUAUUAAGAGAGGUUAAAGGUAAAGUCGAUGCAAAAGACGUUAAAGACGCAGUGAGAGAUCUCAAGAAGACUCGGAAUGGGGACCUUCUUAUAACGCUUAAAAAAGAAGAAGAUGCAAUAAAACUCCAGGAAAUAAUAACUAAAAAAUUAAACAAUCAGGACAUAAGACAAGCAGGCAAGCUGUAUACGACUGUUUACAUAAAUGACCUUGAUGCCGUAAUAUCCCGGGAAGAAAUAAAAGAAGCAAUAGGAAGGGAAGUCGGAAUGGAAGGCUUUGAAAUAAAAGCUCUGAAAGAAGUUUACGGAGGUAGACAAGUAGCAACAGUUAUUAUGGAGGACAACAAAGCACAAAAGCUGUUGGAAAUAGGAACAAUAAAAGUUAGCUGGUCCAGCUGCCGCGUUCGCGAAAAGGUGGUGUUUGAAAUAUGUUUUAAAUGUUGGAGGUACGGACACAGAGCUCAAAAUUGUAGAGGUCCCGAUAGGGAAGACCGCUGCAAAAAAUGCGGUGGCUAUGGUCACAAAAUGCCAGAUUGUAAGAGCGACACCGAGUAUUGCUGGACAUGUGAGAACGAAGGACACAGAGAUUUUCAAUGCCCGAAAUAUAAAAAAGAUCUACGGCAGGAGAUAAGGAAAACAUACUACUAA